AUGCUCGCCAUGUUGGCUGAUCAGGCAGCUGCUGAGCUGGCAGAUUCAGUCCUCCAUCUUGUUCAAAUCCCUGAUGCUGACUCAGCAGGCACAGAUUCUGACUCAUUAGAAGAGGAGGAGGAGGAUGGGGAGGAGGGUGGGAGAGAAGUGAGAGAGCAGAAGGGGAAGGGUAAAAGGGAUAGUGAGGGGGAGUGGCAGGUAGAUCCAGGGGAGGUAGAUCUGGUGCUGGUGCUGCUGCAGCUGCUACAGGCGGUCCCCCCUGACUGCUGGACGGCUUCAGAUGCGCUGCGAUUGGUCGAAUGCCUUGCUGGCGUUGAACGGUGCUUCAUGGCGCCUCUGCUGCUCCCUUCUCCCUCACCUACAUCUGCCUCUCGCUACAGUCACAUUCACACUCUAUCAAACCACCAACAGCAGCAGCAGCGAUCAUUCUUCCCCUCCUUUUCCUCCUCUCCCUCCUCUCUCCUCAUGCACUGCUCCCUUGCCUGCAGAAUCACCCUUCUUCGUUUUCUCUCCCUCCACCAAUCCCUCUCUCAUCCCUCGCCUUCCGAACCAAGUUGCCCCGACCCUGGGUCCGGUCUGGUGCCCAAGCUGCUACCAUGGCUGGUGGUAGGCUCGGUGGGAGCAGGUGCUGUGAAGCGAUGGGAACAGCAGGAGGGACGGAAAGGGGAGGAGAUGGCAUGGGCUGGGGGGGCAUUGCGGGAGGGUGGAGGGGCAGUGCGAGAUGGGGGAGGAAUGGGGGAUGGGGAGGCAUGGGAAGCGAUGGAAUGGGUUGGGGUGGCCAUGGGGGGUGGGGAGGCAUUGGGGGUUGAGGAGUCAUGGGAGGCGAUGGUGGCCGCGUGUGGAGCAGCAGUGGGCAUGGCAGUGCAUGCAGUCAUGAUGGAUGGUGGGGAGGAGGGGAGCAAGGAGAGGGGCGAGGAGGAAGGCAAGAAUUCAGAAGGGAGGGAAGAAGCUAUGGAUGAUGCAGAUGAUGCGGAUGGUGCAGCUACAGAUGUGGGUACUGCCAUCGCCCGUCUGUCUCGCUCCCAUCCUGAGACUGCCACAGCUCUCAUCUCCUCUGUUGAGAUCCUCGCCUGGGUCCCCCGCUGCAACCCCACUCCUACUGCUGCUGCAUCAGCUGUAACAGCUGUAGCAACAGCAGCAACAGCAUCUGUAGCACCAGCUGCUGCUGCUGCGGAGGCGUCUGCAGCGGCUGUAGUGGCGGCUGUGUGCUCGGGAGCCCUGUGGGAGAUGGCAGCUGUAGCAGACGGAUUCAGCCAUGCUGGCGAUGAGUCAGCAGCACCGGCUGUAGCGCGUGCUACAGUGGGUUCGGCUACAGCUGUUGGUGAGGUGGGCAGUGAAGGGUCAUUGCUGGCACGAUGGGGUGGUAAGAUCCCUGCCACGUGGCGUGCUCUAAUUGGCUGCCUGGAGCCUGCUGUUGAAGGGGCGUUGAGGGGGAUGCUGGGGGAGAGUGAGAAGGGGAGAGAGGAGGGAGGAGGAGAAGGAGAGGAAAAGGAGGUGGGAGGAGAAGACAUGGACGAUGGUUUGGAUUGGAUGCCACUGCAUGAACUGGGGUUUGAUGUGGCUAGGGAUGGUGGUUUGGAUGAUGUGCGUGGUGGGGAUGUUGGUGGUGAUGGGGAUGGUAUUGGUGAUGUGAAGGGGAUAGGUGGGGAUAGGGUGGAGGAAAAUGAGGAGGUGAGUGAUAAAGAGGCGAGCGAGGAAGAGGAAAGUGAGGCUGAGGACGAUGAUGGUGAGGAGAAUGAGAGUGAGGACAGUAAGGAAGAGAGUGAGGAAGAGAGUGAGGAAGAGAGUGAGGAAGAGAGUGAGGGGAGUGAGGAGAGUGAGGAGGAGAGUGAGGAGGAGAGUGAGGAGAGUGACGAGGAGACUGGGGAUGAGAUGGAAGCAGAUGGAGAUGCAAGUGCCAGCAAGCGGGGGAAGAAGCCACGUCCCCAGUCACCUUCCAAGACAGAGAGAGGAGCAGCAGGAGGAGCAGGAGGAGAAGUGGGACGAGGAGGAGAAGGUGCAGAGUGGGAGGAGAGCUGGUUACGCAGUUACCACCUUCCAGACUCGCAGAAACACACCCUCAAUUGCCUCCUUACAAGCACAUCCGAUUGCGUGACAGCAGCCCACCUGUUCUCUGCUGCCGCUGCUGCGCUGCACCUCAGGUGCGCGCUAGUCAUGAGUGAGGGGGAUAAAGAACCGGCCAGAGAAGGUGGGACGGAGAAGGCUGCACAGACAGCUCAAGAGGGAGGGAGAGGGCGAGGGCGAGGGAGAAGGAAAGAGAGGACGGGGAAGUGGGGUGCACAGGUGGAGGGAGAGGAGGACCACGAGGAGGAGAAAGAGAAGGAGCAAGAGGAGGAGGAGCGGAGAGUUGUGGGAGGAGAACGGCUAGAAGCACAGAAGAGGUACACUUUGUCACGUGCGUUUGUUGAGAGCGCAGUGCAGCCCAGGCUGGCAUCCGCACUCUUCAUUCUCCACCACGCCUCCCUGCUGCUGCAACGGGGUGCACAUGCUCCAGCUACAACACCCUCUUCUGAAUUCGCUGUAGUUGCCAUUACCCCAACUGCCACAGCUCCCACUGCUGUCACAGGAGCGGUCCCAGCAGGAGCAGACGCACCGGGAUCGAGACCAGAAGUUGCUGGUUCCGUGUCUGGCCCCUCUGUUUUGCUCUCUGCCGCGCCCCUCCUCCUGGCAGUGCUGCAGUACACUCAAGUGGCUGGCACACGCAUGCUCCGCUGCGUCUCCCCCCACCCUCCUGCCUCCGCCUUCCGGCGAAUCGUGCGCGUCCACCUGGCGCUCCUCUCUGCCCUCUCGUUACAGUCACAGUCGUUGUUGUCCCUCUCAGCAGUCUCAGCAGGAGCAGCAGCAGAAGUAGAGGCAGCACGGCAAGUGGCGGCGUCGCUGCUGCAAGCCACAGACGGGGCGCUGAAGCAGUUUGUGCAGUGGGCGUCGCACGGGUGGGUGGCCGUGGUCUUCCGCACCUGCAGGCACGAGCUCGCCUUGCAGCUGGAGGGGGGCGCUGGAGGAGGGUGGCAGGGUGGCAGCGAGAGAGGCGAGGAGAGAGGAGGGGAGAGAGGAAGGGAGAGAGGAGGGGAAAGAGGAGGCGAGAGAGGAGAGGCAAGGCUGCAGGCAAGGGGUGGGGGCAGUGGGCAAAGCACACAUGUCAAGGGAAGUGCUUAUGUAGACGGGGACCUUGCAACAGAAGGAGAGUUUGGUAGCUCAGCGGGAGUGGACGACAGUCCGAUACGGUUGGAUGCGGUGGCAGUGCUGGCAGAGAAGCUCAUUCACAGCUGCCCCAGCGGCCACUCCCUUCACUUCCUCGCUGCCCGUUCGCCCCUCCUCGCCUCCCUUCUCUUUAAAGCCAUCACCUCCUACACACACUCCCGCUCUCACUCCCUCCCUCACUCUCUCCCUCACUUCCUCCCUCACACUCCCACUCCCUCUCCUUUCUCUUCACUCUCCGGCCCCUACCCAUUCUCCGACUCCUCUGCCUUUCAGAUCCCCCCCAUACCCUCACUCGCUCCCUCACUCUUUCCUUGGCUCACCCCCUCACCCACUCCUUCAAUUUCUUCAGCCAGUUUCUUCACUAUCUGUCAUCACAGCCUGUCAGCGCUCACAACUCUCGCUGCCCGAAGCGCAAUAUUCCCUUUCCGGGCAGGCCACGUCAGCCUGGGCCUCGCCUGCCCGAACCUCAUUCUUCCUGCCAUCUCGCCUUCUCCUGAUUCGUCCGCUGGCAUGGGUCUUGCGGAACGGGCGGCACUGUUUGUUGGUUUCUGUCAGCUGCUUUGUGCCAUCAUCCGCCAGCGCAGCCGGUACGUGCUCUCUCUCUCUCUCCCUCUGCUGCGGUCUGUUCCUCUGCUCUUGAUUCGUUCAACUGCUGCUCAUUCUGGCAUUCCGGUAUCGGAGAAGCGUUCCACUCUCAGCAAGAUCUGUCCACUGCUCUUGGCAGACUACAUCAUCGCCAUCACCACCACUGCCACCAUCGCCACCGCUUCACCCACCACUCCCGCGGCAGCACUGCUCCAGCAGCUUCAGUCUACCUUCGAUCCCAGCAGCUCUGGUGCUGGUGCUGGUGCUGGUGCAGGUCAGCGGAACAGCCAACAGCAGCAGCAGCAGCAGCAGCAGGUUAUCGGGUUGGCCAGCACUGUGGAAGCAGCAUUGGAGCCAGGAGCAUUCGCUCUCAUGGAUGUGUGCGCGCCGCACGACCUGCAGUUCCUGCACAUGGCGCUCGGAUCAGGAUGUGUGCGCACCGCACGUCACGGCCUGAAGUUCCUGUGCAUGGCGCUCGGAUCCAGACAGUACCCUCCCUCCUUUCCUCCACUCCUCCCCCCUUCUCCUCCCCUCCACCCUUCCAUUAUCUCCUGCCUCACUUGUACAUCCCAUAGAGUGUUCUCCUCCCUUGCUGUCUUUCCCUUCUUCCUGGCCCCAUGA